AAGUUUGUAACUGUUUUACAAACGUGAUCUUCUCUUUUUAGUCAUAACGUUGACUGAAGAAAUAAAAUAGCACAAAUAGGACUUUUAUCUAAUUAUAUUUAUUCCAAAACGAAAUUGUUGAUGUCAUUGCUGAUAGAUUGUCAAUAUCGAAUUAAGAGGUUAAAUUAUUUUUAAAGGGCAUUAUUUUAUUGUUAAUAUUGAAUAUUACAUAAAAACUCCAUUUGUUUAUUUAGUAUAGAAAAAGAAGUAGGCAAGGCCAGGUUUUAAAACAUGAGGCUGAUGUAAUAAAUUGAGCCCUGGAGUAAACAUGAAUAAGGGGUUAUGGGUAGAAAGAAAUACUAGAUAACAAUUAAAAUUAAGAUCAGUAAAAUAUUAAAAAUAAAAACGUUGCGGAUUUAAGAAGAAAUCAGUCUCUAAAAGUAAUAGUAAAUAUGGACACUCACAAUGAUGAAGAUCAAGCUUUAGAUAUUAACAUUGAAACUAAAUAUCCGUUGCUGCCUUUUGAGAAACAAAUUUUCAUUGACAUUCAAGAAAAGGAUGCUCUACUAAUAAUGGCAAAAGGAAUAAACUAUGACAAAGUUUUAGCCAACAUUAUCUGGGUUUACAAUGAUCCUGGUAACUUAGUUUUGGUUCUAAAUAGUAGUGAUGAUGAAGAGAAAUUAUUCACAACACAAUUCAAUCUACCUUCACUCCCAAAUGUUGGUACUGAAAGAGAAAAGACAUAUUUAGAAGGAGGUGUGUUUUUUGUUUCCACUCGAAUAUUGGUUGUUGAUUUAUUAAAGAAUAGAGUACCUGUUAACCACAUCACAGGUAUUAUUGUGUUAAGAGCACAUACAGUUUUAGAAUCAUGUCAGGAGGCAUUUGUGCUUAGAUUGUAUAGACAAAAAAAUAAAACAGGAUUUAUUAAAGCAUUUUCUAACUCGCCAAUAUCAUUUACAUUUGGAUAUAGUCAAGUUGAAAAAGUUAUGCGAGCACUGUUUGUAACAGAACUAUUCCUGUGGCCAAGAUUUCAUGGUGUAAUAAUAAAAAGUCUUAAAAGCAGACAGGCUGAGGUUGAGGAGAUACAAAUACCUCUCUCUGCGAAAGCAGCACAAAUUCAAGUGUGCCUCUUGGAUAUAAUGAAUAACACUGUUAAACAAUUGAAAAGUAUUAACAGGACACUUGAUAUGCAGGAAAUAACAAUGGAAAAUUGUAUAACAAAGAAGUUUCACAAAAUACUACAAUCACAACUUGAUUGUAUUUGGCAUCAGCUCAGCACCAGAACAAAGGAGUAUAUUCAAGAUUUAAAAGUAUUAAGAAGUAUGAUUAUAAAUUUGAUUCAUGAUGAUCCAGUGUCGUUCUAUGCUUUAGUAAGUAAAUAUAGAACACCAGAGUAUGCUAAGGUGAACUCUGGCUGGAUAUUGCUGGAUUCCGCAGACCAAUUGUUUGGAGCUGCAAGAGGAAGAGUCUACAAUACACGAAAUGAAUUUGAUCCAGAACACUGUCCGAAAUGGAAAUGUCUCAGUGAUCUACUAACCCAAGAAAUACCUAGAGAAGUAAAGAAAAAAGGCAAAGGGAAAUUAAAUAGUACUAAAGUGUUAAUCCUUUGCCAAGAUAAUAAGACAUGCUGUCAAUUAAAUAAUUACCUAUUAAUGGGCCCCAAUAAAUAUUUAUUAUACACAGCAUUCAGAAGGGAUUUAACUAUAAAUACAAUUUGUUCGAAAUAUAAUAGUGCAAAGAAGUCUUUACCAGUGAAAACGGAGAUUAAAUCAAAUAGUAGCACAGCGGAUGGUGAUGGAAAUGAUGGUGAUGAAGAAUGUAAUAGUGAUGAGAUGAUUAAAUCAAGUUAUGUGUUAACUUUGAGUCAGUUACCUGUUAAAAUGGAUACAUCAGCCGAUGAAAGUAUUUUUGAACCAUUAUCACAGUUAGAUGAUUUGAACCUAACAGAAAUAGAGACCGAAAAGCCUUUGAUUUGUAUUCAAACGUUUAAACAAAAUGGCAACGUGUUUUCUCUGGGAAUGACGUUGGAAACAUUACGGCCUGAAUAUGUUAUUUUGUACCACAGCGAUAUGUCCGCUGUACGGCAAAUUGAAUUAUUUGAAUGUAGGAAGAAACCUGAAGAACCAAAGACGAAAGUUUAUUUUAUUAUUCAUGAUAAAACUGUCGAAGAGCAAGCAUAUUUAACUUCAUUGAAACGGGAAAAACAGGCAUUCGAAUUAUUAAUUGAAACUAAAGGUGUGAUGGUGAUACCUUCAUAUCAAGAUGGAAAAACUGAUGAAUAUUUCAACCUUAAUGUUGAACCAGAAGAAAAUGUUUUAGACACACGAAAAGCAGGUGGACAGAGUCUGAACAAAGAGAAACCGUUGGUGAUAGUGGAUAUGAGAGAGUUUCGCUCCGAUCUUCCCUCAUUGUUACAUAAGAAAGGAAUUAACAUAGAACCUGUCACGAUUACUAUAGGUGAUUACAUCCUGACUCCUGAUAUCUGCGUGGAAAGAAAAUCGAUAUCGGACCUGAUCGGGUCAUUGAACUCUGGUCGGCUGUACGCGCAGUGCACGCACAUGUGCCGCAACUACACACGCCCCAUACUGCUCAUUGAGUUCGAUCACAAGAAACCUUUCCAUUUACAAGGUAGUUUCGUGGUGUCAACGGACCUGUCCGGGGCGGAGAUCCAGCAGAAGUUGCAGCUGCUCACCAUACACUUCCCGCGGCUCAAGCUGGUCUGGUCGCCCAGCCCGUACGCAACCGCCGAAUUGUUCUAUGAACUCAAGCAAGGCAGAAAAAAUCCCAACGUGGAGGAGGCGAUGGCUCUGAGCAAUGAGAACACAGCCGACGACAUGUGGUACGAACGAUACAACAUACUGGUACACGACUUUGUGCAGAAACUGCCCGGAGUCACUUCUAAGAAUAUUACCAGAAUCAUGAACAGAGGCCAAUCUUUGGACCAUCUAAUUACACUUACAAAGGAGCAAAUAACAGAAAUUGUUGAAAAUAAAACAGAAGCAGAAUUAUUGUAUUCAAUAUUGCAUGUGAAACCAAAGUCCGAUAAAAGUAAGGAAGAGAAACCAUACGGCAAGAAAAAGUUUGCAGGAAAAUUAUUCAAGAGUAAAAAAUUAGAAGCGAAAUAAAACACAUUUGCAUUGUUGUA